AUUUAGUAGACUUGGAUGCCUCAGCAUAUUCAAUUGACUUAAUAGGUGCAGAAGUGAAGUCCAUAAAAUUUACAAAAGCAAUAGAUUCAGUAUAUUCAAUUGAUAUAAAAGAGAUGGUAAGUUCAGUGAAUUUAACAAGCAUAUUGUUAGAUUCUGUAGAUUUAUUAGAUUCAAUAAGUUUGGUUGAUUUAGUAAAUUUAGUAAAUAUGGGUUCAGCAGAUUCAAUAAAUGUAGGUUCAGUAGAUUCAGUAAAUGUAGGUUCAGUAGAUUUAAUAGAUUCAGUAAAUGUAGGUUUGGUAAAUUCAGUAAGUAAAAUAGAAAUGUUAGCAUGUUUUAAAUUCAAUAAUAAGUUAAUGGAAUAG